AUGGCGAAGCUAUACACCACCAUCGAAAACUUCGCUAACGAUAAAGGAGAAUAUCCGAUUCACAUUGCUGCACUAUCGGGUAAAGUGGAAAACCUGAGGAUGCUGCUAUCUUGUCGUCGUACAAUUAUUGAUCAAAAGACACACGAUAAUAAAACUGCCUUUGAAUUGCUCUGUGAAAUUAAAUUUGAAACGGAGAGGGAGAUUUUCGAAUGCAUAGCGUUACUGCUGGAAUAUCGAGCCCAAAUUCCCGAAUAUUUUCUCAACGCAGCUGGACACUCAACAUUGCGAGACGAGUUGUAUAAAAAUUAUGCUACACAGAAGAUUUGGACAGAUGAACAGCAAAGAAGACAACAUUUCAACGAUUUAUUCUAUAAAUGUGUCACUGUCGACAUAUGGAAAUUUGCAAUCUACAAACGGUGUGGAGAAACGACCAAUUCCAUUGAAAACUUACCAGAAGGAAUACUAACCUUAUGUUGCAGUUCUGGAAACUACGAACUGCUUGAACACGUGUUCGAAAUACUACCCGAGGAUAAGUUAAAACAACUUUUACAGAAAAAGAAAGCAAGUGGAUUGUUCGCUGAAGAAAAUCUGCUCACACUACUUAUCCAUUGCGUGAAUGAAAAUGACAACGAUUGUCCCUUUUUAAAAUGCUUGAACCUGUGUUUAAGCUGCCCAUUAAUAGAUGUUGACGAAAUCGAUGGUAGAAAACGUCGUGCAUUGGACUAUGCAGUCAAAUACAACCUAAAGCGAGUGCAGACGCUGCUGUUAGAAAAAGGCGCUUAUCUUGGUGGCAGAGAUGUCUUUGGCAGAUAUGUUUUAUGCAUCAUCGAUCCGAUCGUGCUGAAACAGCAUUUGGACUCCUGCGUAUAUACUGUAAGUGAAGGAUACGAAAGCAGAGAGUGCGAUCGGAGCAAUAUUUUUGUUCUGCUGAAAAAUUUCAUUCCUCCAAAGUACAAAUCAAACCAAUGGAGAAGAAAACCACAGCCAACAAACCAAUCGAACGAAAGCAUCAUACCAGCGCUGAUACAGUUUACCGAAGAAUCAGACCUUUCUCUUAUCAAAAACGAUGAGGCCAAAGAUACACGGCUGCAGCUUAUAGAGCAUCCAGUAAUAUCCACCUUGCUUUAUAUACGCGAUGCGCCAGCAAAGUGGUACAUACAAGUCUUAAAAUUAAUAAGAGCACUACCAUUAAUCUUGCUAUUAAUCGAUGGAUAUUCUAUGAAUUACUCUGAUGGACAAGCCCUCAAUUGUAUGAUCAUUGUGGCGGGACUUGCAAUGGCACGAUGUAUGAGAAGCUUCAACCUAACAGCAAAGCGUAUCUAUAACCUACAAAUAGUGUAUAGGAAUAUCUGGAAUGGUUUGUUAUUGUAUACGCCUAUUUUGCUUAUUUGGACCGCCAUUUCAUUCGUGAACAUUUCGAACCCUGACGACUUUGAGGAUAGCCAAUUGAAUAGUGGCAAUGAGGCAACUUACAAUACUACCAGUUUCAUGACUGAUGUCACGCUGACCUCAUCGAUAGUGUGGAGAAAACUACUGCACACUUUUAGAAUGCUUGUCGGAGAGCUCAAUGCUACCGAAAUGCAGUCCAAUCCAUGGAGUAAUAUUACGUAUAUAGUGUUUCUAACGCUCAUAAGAGUUUCGCUACAAGGCUUUUUGGUGGCUCAAGCUGUUGGUGAUAUUUCGCUGCAGUCGAGGCUUCAGCAGCAACAGCAUCAGCAACAAAACCAACCGCAGCAUGCUGUAGCUUCCCAGGAGCAGCAGCAGCACCACAAAAACUGA